UUUAGAAGAUGUCUGAAUACUGAAAACACCAUGGCUGGGUCAGCAUUAAAACGACUUAUGGCAGAAUACAAACAGCUUACACUUAAUCCACCAGAGGGAAUAAUUGCUGGUCCUUUAGAUGAAGAAAAUUUCUUUGAGUGGGAAGCAUAUAUUAUGGGCCCAGAAGGUACUUGUUUUGAGGGUGGUGUAUUUCCUUCAAGACUAACUUUUCCACCUGACUAUCCAUUGAGUCCCCCUAAGAUGAAAUUUACCUGUGAUUUGUUUCACCCGAACAUAUACCCAGAUGGAAGAGUAUGCAUUUCUAUCCUACAUGCCCCAGGAGAUGAUCCUAUGGGAUAUGAAACCAGUGCUGAACGAUGGAGUCCUGUUCAAAGUGUAGAGAAAAUUCUACUCUCUGUUGUUAGUAUGCUGGCAGAGCCCAAUGAUGAAAGUGCAGCCAAUGUUGACGCAGCCAAGACAUGGCGUGAGAACAGAGAUAAAUUCACUGAAAUAGCUCACAGGACAGUUAGACAAUCACUAGGAUUAUAGCUACAUGUAUCUCAUCAUUCAAAGGUGCUACCAAGCUUUGGGAUGUGUUUUAAUACACUAUGGAUGUAUAAAAGAUUUAUUACCUAUUUUUUACAAGCCUAAAGUCAAAUUGAAAAUAGAUUUAGUUUUAAAAAAUGGUGUGACUUCUGCCUUUUAAUUGUUAAUAAAUCUAUUCUUCUACAUUUUGCAUAAAAAUUAUGCUUAUAUAUGGAAACAAUGUUAAUUUUCAAUUAUUUUUUAAUCUGUACUUGGCAUAAACUUGUUAAGGCCUUCUAAGUUUUUUCUUUGUUUUCCAUCCACCUUUCAUUCAAAAUCCUAUCUACCUAUUCUCAAAAAUAGACAAGCCAAAAAAAUAAAACACACACUUUUAAGUCCUAAAAAUGUCCUCAUUAAGAUUUGAUUUAAUUAUUCUAGCUUUCUCAUAGAAAUAUAUAUUCCUGUGCAAAAUCAAGGUACAUGUAAUAAAUGCUAUGCAUAUACCAAAAACAAAAUUUGAAAGAAAUUGAUAGAAUUUUAAAAGUUUUGACAAAAAAUUAUUAAUUUCUGGACUAUUGAUUUUGUGUGUGUUUUUUUAUGAUAUGGGGUGUCAAAAACCAUGUGCACGUGGAUGCUAAACAGAAAAAAAAAACUUGGAAUGGCAAAACAAAUUAAAAAAAAAAGUUUUGUCUCUAGUAUUUAGGAAGAAAAAGACUGAACUAUGAAGUAAAAAAAGUACAUGACUGUACAUGUGUAUCAUACUUGUAUCAUAUUGUUUGUACACUGUGCAUGUGCAUGAUGUGUAUACAGUUAAAGUUUUGAUGUCAGUGAAUUAAAUUGUUGGUACAGGUGUAAGUUUGUUGACAGAUAAUGUUUGUACAAUAUGAUUGUGGUAAAGUGUGAUAAUAUUAUUAUGUGGGAAAAAUGGUAGUGCAGGAAAGACAGAUGUUUGCAUUUAUUUUAUUUUUAGGACCCUGCAACAAGAUGGAGGUAGUAAUCACAAUUUCUGUUUGUCUUUCUUUCAUGCAGUGUGUUUGUCUCUCUGUCCAUCCACACCUUUAUGUGUUGUGGUAACUUGAGUACCUUUCAUCCUAAAGGGAUCUUAUUUAAUAAAUGGAUGGAGGAUACUUAGAUGAAAACAUGAGUUCUGGGGGUCACUUCAUAAAGAGUCCAAAUACCUGCCCUGACUAUUGCUCAUGUAUAUGAUUCUACAGCUGGUACUGUGGAUUUCUUAUUUUACGUGAGUACUUAAUAUUGCGAAAUGGCCCUUAAACAACAAAUUGCGAGAAGUAUAAUUCGCGAGUGGACGCUUGAUUAAGAUUUUUUAUGUGGAUUUCAGUACCACAAAAAUUAAAGUGAGUAAUUUUAUUUCGUGAGAGGUUCUUUUUGCGUAAUUAUGCGAUAAUUAAUUCCUCAUGUAUAUUUAGGAAUCUACAGUACAGUGUAUAUGUUUUGAAAUUAAUUGAAUGAUUUCAUAUUGUCUACAGAUUUUGAGGUCAAAGGUCUUAUUAUGAAUUCUUAAUGGGCCAUUGUAUUACAUUGCCUCAGAAUUUUGUAACACAAACAUAAAAAAAAUGUUUGUGAGGCAUUUUUUUCAAAGUAUAAUUUACAUCAUUAGUACUUAGAGAAUGAACAAAGAGUCAAGACUAAUGACAUGACUAUUGCCUAUUUAGGGGAUGCAGUAAUAUGGGUAUUUUUAGCUAAACAGGUACAAUUUCUAUACAAAAGUAUAAAGUGAUUAGAGGAUAAAAGUUGAAGAUUUUAAUGUAAUUUUCUCAAAUGUUAGUAAAAUGUUAGACUGCCAGUUUUCUGUAAUUUGUAAUUAAAAAUAUGUGAACACAUACAAUGGAACUUCCGUAUCUUGAACACCGAUAUCUCAAACACCAUGGAUAUGUUGAAGUGAUAUGGAAGUCUGAACCCCUUAUUCUUCAAGUAUUUUACCCUGGAUAUCUUGAAAACUUGGGUAUCUCAUUUUUUAUCAGUCCCAUUGAGUUUGAGAUAACAAAGUUUGACUGUAUUACAGGAAAUUUUUUGUGUAAAAACUGAAUAUUAGAAUGUUUGAAGUAUAUUAAAUAACUAAUAAAAAUGUCUUCGAUA